UAUUGUUGUGUUUGCAUGGGAUGAAGAGGUGGAAGCCCAGUUUCCAAACGUCUCUGAUCGGCGUCACCGGCUUCUGUAAUGAGAUUUUGGCUAUAACGAUUUGACGACGAGAUUGCUUGACUUGAUGGCGAGGCUGGGAGCUUCUCUUCCACACUCCUAUCAAGAUGGGCAUCUUAUCUGUACUAUACAAGAUUCUUUUACGUUCACCACCUUCCUUUUUCUUCUUCCUUCUUUGCACAGCAUUUGCCUUUUUCCUCCUCCCCAUUCGUGCAUCUUGAAUCAGGCCUUUUCACCCAUCCAAAUCACAUUCUGCCAGCAAAGUAUAACUUCACCAGACUCCAUAAAUCCAUCUCCGCAACCCCUAAACCUCCCACCCAGCCGGGCCCGCAACAAACUAGCCCAACGCCUCGCCGCCCGGGCUGCCGCCGCCGAGGAGACCUCUGCAUCACCUACCUCGGACCCCGACGCUCUAGACGCAACAGCCAUACAAGCAGCUUUCGACUUGUCUGUAGAGCCGCUUUCCGAUCUCCCGGACCUCGACCUGUCAGCCGUCACAGAACGCCAAAUCAACGAACUAAUAGGCGUGAAUAGCGAGGGACGGGUAGUCUCUGCCUACUCCACUUCUUCGUCUGAUCCCUCCUCUGCCUCCUCAUCUUCCGACGAAGAAAACUCUUUUGGCAGAGACGAAGCAUCAGUAGCAGAGUCGGCUCAAAAUGAUAGCGUGAUGCCGGGAGUCAAACGCAGACCCAGUACCACAGAAGCCAAGAAACGCAUCCCCCUUGACGAUGAAGAGGAAGAAGCCACCACCUCCUCUUCUGCAAGAAGUAGAAUUGGACUGCAGAGACAGAUUUCCGAUCCCUUUCAAAGUCCUGAGAAUAGUAGUGGGGAAGAGGGAAGUAGUAGUAGUAGUAGUGAGGAAGAGGAAUUGAUGUUUGGGAGAAAGGAAAGAGUCUUGGGUGUUGAGUGAUUAUGAUGCUGGAAAGGGGUGUUGAAAUGUUGAUGAAACCUUUUGAGAAUGAUGGAGAGGUGGUGUUUUAUGCAUGGAGAGGGUGGGGUGUACCCCCCGCGUGGAGACUUUGAGAUUAGAUAGAUCUCUUUUGUUAGAUGGGAAAUGCUGAUGAAAUUGUUUUUUGACACUCGAGACU